CGUGCGUGCGUGUUUGUGUUUUAACACUUCCUGGUUCGCCACUCUUCCGAUCUUAACUUCACUGUGAAUCCAGUAUCUGUACGUUUCUCCAAUUUGAGAAAAACAUGCUUGCAAAUGCUGGUUAACCGUACGGGACCUUUAACCCGCUAGUUAGUGUGUCUUGACUAGCAGCGCCUCAGUGGUGAGUUAGCCGACUGCUAGCCGGAGGAGCACUGAAAGCACAGGUAUGUGGGCUUCCUGUUGUAACGGGCUGUGUAUGGACUCGGCUGAUGUUGAACAGGCCGGUGAAAGUGAGUGGCGGCGCAAUCAAUCCUACACCAACUCUGCCUUCAACAGGCAGCCCUCUUCUCCACCUGAACAUUCCUGUAAGACCUGUGGGGGGUGCCUCGACACACCUGCCAAGAAGCAUGUGUGUGUGGAUUGUAAGAAGAACUUCUGCAGUCGCUGCUCUGCCCAGCUCGAGCUCCGGCCCCGCCUCUGCCACACCUGUCAGCGUUUCUAUGGCAACCUGUUGGAGCGAGCAGAGCUCAUGAAGCUCAAAGUAAAGGAGCUAAGAGACUACUUGCAUCUGCAUGAGGUCUCCACCCACCUGUGUAGGGAGAAGGAGGAGUUGGUGGAGCUGGUCAUUAGUCAGCAGUCAUCACCAUCCAGUGAAUCCCCCCCGGACACUCUGACCUCUGACCUUCCGACAGUGACCACUGAUCAACCGGACAUCUCCACCUUGAACCCUGACCCACCUACACCCACCUUGAAUUUGACCUCUGACCCUCCACCUACACAGCCUGACUCCCUGCCCCCUCCCUCAGAGACAACUCCCUCAGAGACCCCUGCUAGUGAGCAGGAUGCUCAGGAAGAUGACCAGGCCUCAGACAGUGAGGAGCUCUCUGUACCAGGUCGCAGGGCAUCUUUGUCUGACCUGAGCUGCAUGGACGACAUUGAGGCGCUCAGCGUCCGUCAGCUGAAGGAAAUCCUUGCUAGGAACUUUGUGAACUACAAGGGCUGCUGUGAGAAGUGGGAGCUGAUGGAGCGAGUGACCCGGUUAUACCAGGAUCACCUGAACCUUCGGGCUGCAAAUGCCAUCAACACCUCAGAGUCCGGUGGGGGAAGCAGUGAUGCCCCAAGCCCAGAAGAAAACCUCUGUAAGAUUUGUAUGGACUCCCCAAUUGACUGUGUUCUGCUGGAAUGUGGUCACAUGAUCACCUGCACCAAGUGCGGAAAGAGGAUGAGCGAAUGUCCCAUCUGCCGCCAGUAUGUUGUCCGAGCUGUCCAUGUCUUCAGGUCCUGAACACAGGUAAAACAGAGCCAGUGUUUAUCUGAGCAGCUGGUUAUUUACUGUUCACAAAGAAGACGCAUUACUAGUCUCUCCGUCUGUCUGUAGGACAAGAAACUUGUCUUCUUGAAGGGAUCGUCUACAAACAGAAGCUUUUAUUUUGGGAUUUGUAUUUUUGUAGUGUAAAUAUGUAGAAGAAGUGACCUCAUGUGACCUGCUGGUCGGACACAGACGUGGAUGAUCUCAUCUACUAAUCAAAAACCAGGAAAAGUCAGAACCAAAGAGUAAAAUGGCUUUCCCUUUUGAAGGUGUUUGGGGUAGUCUAAACAAUACAGAGUGUGCAGGUGAAAGAGUGCAUAAAUGUCACUGACUCAGCAAACACAUCGCUGACUCAGGAGGACCCCCCACUCAAAUAAAGCCUCAGGUGACCGCAAUGCAGCCUUUCAACCCCACCUCAGAUGUGUUCCUGCGGACAAACCUGUUCCUCCAUCAAGUUUCCAUCAAGGAUUAUGUAGACCAGUUUCUACUCACAUCUUCUAUUAAAAUGAAACAGUUUUUUCAGGGAUCUGUGGGAAUUUUGUGUUUAUUUUAGUCAGAGUUCUUGCAGGGCAAUAACAAUUAAACUUUAACUUUUAAACGGAUGUUAUUCUUAAUGGGCAGUACAACGCUUUUCCAGGAAACAACACUAUAUGGCUCCAAUUUAAAAGACAACUAGAAGAAGUAAAUCAGAGCUGAGAGCAAAGGAUUACCCGUCAUGUUGAACUAAAGAUCUAUAGAAACAGCAGGGGCCCCAGUGCGCUUCCCUAUGGGAAUCCACCAGCAGAACAUAAACAUCAGCACUGGUGCUCUUUUGAUCUGAAGUUGCCUUUGUGUCUAGUAUUUGCACUAAUCUGCUAAGUUUAAGUUUCUCUAGGUUUUUACCGAUUUGUUGUGGUCAAAGUUUUACUGAUUUGUUGAGGUUGAAGAAAAAUGACACAGGACGUAUGUGUUGUUUGUGUGUGUGUGUGUGUGUGUGUGUGUGCGGUUAUUCCUUAACUCUGUAUGCUGUGUAUGUGUUUGGUUCCUUUCCAACCCUUGGCUACAUUCAGAUUACCUUCGACAUUGUUCAAAUCGGAUUUAUUGCAGAUCAGAUUUGACAGUUCAUAUUCAUAAUUAUGAUACAAUUGUCUUGUAUGCGAAUGCAACUGCCCUCUUGAACUGCACACGCAUCAUCGUCAACAGACAAUGGGAUUUUUGUGUCCAUUUGAUAUUUGAGCAGCAAGAGCUGUUGGUGCCAGUCAGAGACGACAAUUCUCAGCACAUUUAUACAGGCAAAAAGGCACAUGAAUUCUGAUAUGACCAUUUUUAUUUGUCGCAUGGCCACAUACUGUAUAGAUGUCUGAUCUAGAAUGAUAUACUGAAUACAAAUUAAAGUCAGACACCAGGGGGAAAAAAACAGAUGGGAAUCAUUUCAACCUGGUAACUUGAAUGUAGCCUUUGAUCUGUGACUUUGUGCCUUUUAGUUGUAAGACAGGACAAUUGUAACAUAACAGUAUGAUCUGUUUCCUCUUUCCUCACUCAUGUAGAGGUCCCAGCCUUUUUAUGUCAACAUUUUGAGCCUGGCUUUGUUCAUUGUUCACAUUUAUGUACCGGAAAUAAUUAGAAGAUGUUCAAAAUACAAUUUUAAAUGUUGAUUUUUGGAAAAUUAAAUUGUGUUUGACAGUUUAUAAACUGAGAAAGUUGACCUGAAGUAACUGAUUCAUUAAAAUGCACUUUUCUUUGUUCA